CAUACAGCUUAUUUCCUGUUUUCAAACAGGGAACUGAACCAAGCCGGCAGCCACUCAACUGACUGCCAGGAACGGAGAGCUGAAAGUACCAUGUGAUGCCCACCCUGGACCACUGGACCCACACAGGGUCUCAGCCCGGCAGCAUGGCGAGUUCCGGGCUCUCUGGGAGCCCCCAGACAGAACCUAACAGCCAGUGUGCAGCAAGGCCUGAGCAGGAAGCAGCAGCCACGGGUCCACGCCUCCCACAUCCAGGACCCGAAGGGCACACAGAUACCCACUGCAACCCGAGCUCCAACUCCAGCAUGACCACACGGGAGCUGCAGGAGUACUGGCAGAAUGAGAAAUGCCGCUGGAAGCCUGUCAAGCUGCUCUUUGAGAUCGCUUCAGCUCGCAUUGAGGAGAAAAGGCUCUCCAAGUUUGUGAUGUACCAAAUCGUGGUCAUCCAGACCGGUAGCUUCGACGGCAGCAAAGCCGUGCUGGAGCGACGCUACUCUGACUUCGAGAGGCUGCAGAAAGCCCUGCGGAAGUCGUUCCGGGAAGAGCUGGAGGACGUGUCCUUCCCCAGGAAACGCCUGACCGGCAACUUCACGGAGGAGAUGAUCAGCGAGCGCAAGCAGGCGCUCAAGGAGUACCUGGGGCUGCUCUACGCCAUCCGCGUCGUGCGCCGCUCGCGCGAGUUCCUGGACUUCCUCACACGACCCGAGCUGCGCGAGGCGUUCGGCUGCGUGCGCGCGGGCCGCUACGCACAGGCGCUCGAGCUGCUGGCGCGCGUGCUCCCGCUGCAGCAGAAGCUCACUGCGCACUGCCCGGCGGCGGCCGUGCCCGCGCUCUGCGCCGUGCUCGUGUGCCAGCGCGCGCUCGAGCGGCCGGCCGACGCCUUCGCCGCCGGCGAGCGCGCGCUGCAGUGCCUGCAGGCGCGCGAGGGCCACCGCUACUACGCUCCGCUGCUCGACGCCAUGGUGCGCCUGGCCUACGCGCUGGGCAAGGACUUCGUGGCGCUGCAGGGGCGUCUGGAGGAGAGCCAGCUGCGCAAACCCGCGCCCCGGGGGCUCACGCUCAAGGAGCUCACGGUGCGGGAGUAUCUGUACUGAACCAUCUCGGCCACAGCCCAGGCUUCACCGGAGCUCUGCACAGGCUCCUCUGCACUUCCAGUUCCCCCAUAUACACGAAAACAGAGGUGCUGCAGAGAC